UGAGCUAAGGUUGCGCGGGUGGCAUGUUGAUAGUGCUCUCUAGCAAUCGCUGGGAGGUAGGCCUACGAACAUUGUGCUUCUUUGUUACACCGCGUGACUUUUAAUUCUAUACGAUUCUGUUAAGAUAGGCCUCAGACAAUGUCCUUUUAUAUGAACGCGACCACCCGUCUACGGAAUCAGGCAAAGAGGGUGAGCAACAUUAUGUCUGAAAAGCAGGUGAUGGUGGGAUGGCGUCGGAGCGCGCUCGUGCGGGGCAGCUUCGUCCUAAAUGUGGUCUUCGCCCUGUACGUGGCUGUCCACGUGGUGGCGCCCCCGAGGCUGGUCACGCCCCGGGGCGCCGCCGUCUCCCUGAUCCACGAUAACCUGACGUCCUCCUCGUCCUCAUCUUCCUCCGACGACCCCUCGGCCGACUACCCGACCGAGAGCGAGCCGACCAUCGACGACCCCUCGGAGCCGCCGGCGCCGCCCACGCCCGCCCCGACGCUGCAGGAGAAGGUGUACCCGGACCUGCACACGUGCCACACGCCCACGCUCACGGCCCGCCCGGCCCUCCACGGGACGCACUGGGUGCUGUACAACUACAUUCCGGCGGACACGCAGCCCGCCUGCAACGAGUCGGUGACCUACACCACCCACGCCGACUUCACCUUCCUGGACAACCUGGUGCCGCUAGUGGAGCGGUGGCGGGGGCCCGUCAGCGCCGCCGUCUUCGCCCCCGGCGGCGACUUCAACACGACGCUGCGCACCGUCGCCUUCCUGCGCACCUGCCGCCCACUCGUCGCCAAGCAUGUCACCUUCCACCUGUUCUUCCCGGCCGACCACAUGCCUCACCACGUGCCGCCCACCGCCCACCUCAUCGCUCAACGGCCCUCCUGCUCCAUGCCGCCCCCGUACCUGGCCGCCCACACCUACAAGCGCGCCCACAACCUCACCUACCCGGUGAACAUCGCGCGCAACAUCGCGCGCAGGGCGGCCGCCACCUACUUCGUCCUGGCCAGCGACGUGGAGCUCUACCCCUCCCUCGACUUCAUCCGCCUCUUCAUGGCCAUGAUGCGGCGCCAGGACGCCUCUCGGGUGCCCGCGCCCACCCGCCGCGUGUACGUCCUGCCCAUCUUCGAGAUCAAGAGCGGCCUGCGGCCGCCCGCCACCAAAGCCGCCCUGGUGCGCAUGCUCAAGCGGGGCUCCGCCAUCCCCUUCCACAAGUUCGUGUGCCCCCAGUGCCACAAGGUGCCCGGCAUGAGGGAGUGGGCGGAGUCCAACGCCACCGACAGCGUCAACGUGGUCAUGGUGGCCAAGAGGCACCCGCCAUUCCACCACUGGGAGCCCAUCUACGUCGGCACCCACCUGGAGCCCUUCUACGACGAGAGGCUCUCCUGGGAAGGGCGCUCGGAUAAGAUGACCCAGAUGUACGUGAUGUGCGUCCUGGACUACGAGUUCCACGUCCUGGACAACGCCUUCCUGGUGCACAGGCCGGGGAUCAAACGCCACCGGCGGGACCGCCACAGGGACAUGCUGACGGCGAAGCAGAACGCCCUCCUCCACAACAAAAUCACGCCCGAGCUCCACACCAUUUACGGCAAAAGAGGAACGUGCUUCUUGUAGCAGUACCCCCUGGCUGGCAACGACACCACCGACGCUGCCAACAGCCUCCGGGCAGAGCCAGGUUAUGAAGGUGACUACGAAAAUGACGACCACAGAGAGACAGGUGGCGAGGUGACGGUGACGCAGCAGUGGACGAACGCCAACUUCAACUCCAGCGGCGAAGAAGCCAAUUCGACGUCGUUCACGGAAGCCCUUUCGCCGACGCCGGAGCUAAGCGAUGCCUAGGCUACUACACCACUUGCUACUGCUGCUACUAGUAGUAGCUCCUGUUACUGAUACUGCUACUUUUACUACUGAGACGUUCCUCCUCCUGCUCCUCUUCUCUCCUUGCAUCCCAUCUCAUGGUACUGUCUUGCGUCCUCCAUGAAGGGCGAAACGACUUAAAAGAUAAAACACGUCCGUUGUCGUUCUAGUCUUUGCGCCAUAUUUGAAAAAAAAAAAUGGCGAGAAAGUUUUCGUAAAACGACCAUUCUCCUUUUUUAAAAAAAAGAUCACGUGUGAUUGUGAUUAGUCGAUUCGUUUUAUUCCUGAUAUUUAUUAACGAUGAUGCUGUUACACUCCAAGUUCAUUUAUAGUUGCAUUGUGGAAAAAAGAAAAAUCUUAAGCUAAAAGUUCGCGAUAGGUCUAAAAGAAACGUUUCCCUCCCACUCGCUUCGUCGAGUUGCUCUUUUGUUGUCGUGUGAAUCGUCGAUCAGAUUUGCUCAAUUUGAUAUAUAUAUAUAUAUAUAUAUAUAUAUAUAUAUAUAUAUAUAUAUAUAUAUAUAUAUAUAUAUAUAUAUACUAACACCGCGGAUCAGUAGAGGUAUAUCCUCCUUCCCCCACCCCCACCCCCUUCCCUGUCUCUGUUCUUCGGGUUUCUUGUCGCAUUUGGUGAGUUGGAGGAGACGAAAGAAGAAAGAAAGAAAAUCAACGCGCGUGCGUGCAACAGCUGCAGAGAGCUCCCCCACUCUCUCUCUUUAAGUCUUUCAUUUCAUAAACGAAACAUUGUGAAAAAAAAAAAUAAAUGAACUCGUCGAAUUCUUUAUGCUUUUGCGUUACUUAUGAUCGAGGAGCGUUUCCUUUUCUUGGUUUUUUAGUCACGCUGGUUUGACGUGAACGUGUCUCUACGUUGUUUUAAAUAUAUAAAAAGAGAUCAAAGAAAACGUGAGAAAAAAUAUAAGAUACCGAAGAAAUCUUCUUAGGUCUAACGAACUGCUCAUACGAGAUAACGAAUCAGUGAUUUCGAACACGGGUUGUGACUAUUUCUGUGCGUACUUCUUAUUCCUAUACUAUCGUAGAGCGAGGAAAUGUUUAAUGUUUAUUACGGAUAAAUAGCGAAGGAAAGAGCAUGAGAGUAAGAGAAAAAGAGAGAGAGAGAGAGAGAGACCAUUGUAAGUAUUUUCAUCCGAAUUCCUAAGAAUCUCAGAUGGAGAUUCCGUGUACCCGAGCGUCCAUGAGAAUAGAACCGCUUCCUGAGCAGGACGAAUUUUUUAAAAGAUAAGCAAAUAAAAAUUAAAGAGUAAAUAAGCAACAAAGGUUAAUGGAUGGGGAAUGCACCGGAUUAUGCAGAUAUUCGAUAUAAAUAUGAAUAUACUUGGAUACCGAAUGAUGAAAUAUAUAUAAAGACGUUUUUAUUAAUGUUUUGGGCCGGGUCGAACUUUGGAUAGACAUUUGCUCAAGCAUUUUGUUGACCUAGGCUGAGUUGAGUAUAUAUAGACAGUGAUCCACUGUCUAUGCAUAUAUAUAUAUAUAU